CGGCGGCGGCGGCGGCGGCGGCCGCCCAAGACAUGGAACAUCAGCUGCUCUGCUGUGAAGUCGAGACCAUCCGGAGAGCGUACCAAGAUGCCAACCUCCUCAAUGACAGGGUCUUGCAGACUAUGCUGAAGGCGGAGGAGACUUGCUCGCCCUCGGUCUCCUACUUCAAGUGCGUGCAAAAGGAGAUCUUACCAUAUAUGAGGAAAAUAGUGGCCACUUGGAUGUUGGAGGUUUGUGAGGAACAGAAAUGUGAAGAGGAGGUUUUCCCCUUGGCGAUGAAUUAUUUGGACCGAUAUCUCUCUUUUGAACCCAUCAAGAAAAGCCGCUUGCAACUACUUGGAGCUACCUGUAUGUUUGUGGCUUCAAAAAUGAAGGAAACUAUUCCUCUAACAGCAGAAAAACUGUGUAUUUACACUGAUAACUCCAUUAGACCUAAUGAAUUACUGCAAAUGGAACUGCUUCUGGUGAAUAAGCUGAAAUGGAAUCUGGCUGCCAUGACUCCUCACGAUUUUAUUGAACAUUUUCUAAAUAAAAUGCCUGUGGCUGAGGACAGCAAGCAGAUCAUCCGUAAACACGCCCAGACUUUUGUGGCUCUCUGUGCAACAGAUGUUAAGUUUAUUUCAAACCCACCUUCCAUGAUCGCAGCCGGUAGUGUGGUAGCAGCUGUGCAAGGUCUUCACCUUGGAAACACUAAUUCUUUUCUCUCUUAUCAAUGCCUCACACCUUUCCUAUCAAAAGUUAUCAAAUGUGAUCCGGAUUGUUUACGAGCCUGCCAAGAACAGAUUGAAUCUCUCCUUGAAUCUAGUCUUCGCCAGGCACAACAACACAACAUAUCUUCAGAAACAAAGACUGUUGAAGAGGAAGCUGAUCUUUCCUGCACACCCACUGAUGUUAGAGAUGUGAAUAUUUAAGGAGGACUUCAGUGAUUGGAUUUACUUGGCUGUUCCAGCAAAUGACAAAAGGGCAUCUGAGAAGGAAUUGGCAUCAAGAUCUUCUCCCCAGAAACCUUUUCUCCAGAACUUUUUAUACCAGAAGGGAAAAUGUUAUUCAUUCUUUUUUCCUUGCUAUUCCUUCCUUCCCUUUAUCAGUUUAGCAGGCAACUCACCCUCCCUAAUUCCCCAGCUGUCUUAAAAAGAAAAUAAAAUAGUAUCUGCAUGAUCUCUCUAGGGACUUGUACUGCAUACGUAUGUGUGUGUAUGUAUGCAUGUAUGUUACAGACUAGGCAUUACAAGCAACACACAAUGUCUCCAGGGGAGUAUUAGAUUUGUUUCUUGCAUAUUAAAAAGCCAACCAUUUUUAAAGUAGAAGAGGGUGUUUUUAGAUAGAUUCUGUGUUCUGGGUUUGUGUGUGCGUUUUCCCUUUUAAAAAGCAUAGCUUUAAUGCAGUUCUAGGCUUUUCUCUAUCUUGCUUGCUUAUGCAUUUAGUCACUUUAUAAGUCAUCUGUAAAUGUUUAUUUUAUUCUCUUAGGUUUAGCCUCUUCACCUUAUAAAUGGUUAAUGUAAUCUUUACAUUAGUAUAUGUUAGCAUACAUCAUUAUUAUAUGUUAAUCUUCUCUGCCUGUGGAUUGCCUGUGCAUAAGCCUUCUAGAGUUCCACCUUAGCAUGGCGGGAGAAAGGCGUUAACAUACGUUCCAACAAUAAAGAGAAAUUGCAAUAGUGACAUAAUAUAUUUUUGUAACCUUCCUAUUUUUUAUAGUUACCUGUGUAUACAUAAAACAUACUAGUUUUAACCCAAAAGAUACACAGCCUACUUAUGUCCAGGUUGAAUCCACAGCUUAUCUCUUAAAAAAAAUAAGUUGUAAAACCAUUCCAUUUCAAAGCACUUUCAGUUCAUUAGGUAUAGGAAAUACUUCCUUUUUUGUGUGUGGGAAUUUUUUUCUUCAAAUGGAAUGGUUUGGAAAUUAUAUAUAUAAAUAUAUAUAUAAAUAUAUAUAUAUAUAUAAAGUGCUUGUGUGCAAACUUGGAAUUGCAAAGCAAGUGCAUUUAACUAUGGUGUUGAGGAAAGGUGUGUUUUUUGGUCUUUUUUUUUUUUUUUGGUGCCAAUUCAUUUUGUUAAUAUAAAUUUAGGGGCCUGAAAGGUUUACCUAUAGAACGCAUAUUUUGAGAGUGGUCUCUAGAUGUUGUACAACUGAAGGCUUUUAAACACUAAAAUGUAUAAUUUAUAGUUGAGGCUAAAAGGAAUAUUUAUUGCAGAGGAUGUUCAGAAAGGCCAGUAUAAUUUGUAAAAUAAAUCGCCCCGUUGAGUCUAACAAAAUAAGAAUUUUCUUUUUACCCUCAAUAUUGCAGUUAAGUUCAUCUUCCUAAGAAUUUAGGACAUUUUAAGACAGUAACACAUUUGGCCCAGAUAUUUUCAAAAUAGCAUUAACCAUGAGAAAGGACCAUAGUUAAAACUGUACAAUUGGUGUACUUGAAAAAAAAAAGAUCUUAAUCCAGUGUAUUUCCCCUUCCUUUUUUUUUUUUUUAAAUUUAGCUACAAAUAGAAAAUUUGCACAUCUUGGCUAUGUAUCUUUUAUUAUUGUAGAAGGUAGCUGAAGGGACGUGGACAUAGCUGUUGAAGUUGAUGCUUGAGGAGAAUGUGAUGGCAAAAUGUAUGUGAGAAACUGCCGCUAAGGUGUUGAUUGUAAAAAAAGAAAAAAGGAAAAAAAAAAAGAAAAGUUUUUAAAAAGGAGAAAAAAAGGAGCGGAUGCUCCCACAUUUUCUGUUGAGCUGCUAUGGAUAAAUUCCCAGCAUGAAUUGAAAAAAAAAAAAAGAAUUAACAUUGCUUUUCUGUAUCUUUGUCAUUGUGUUUUGCUGCUAUUUUGUGGUCAUUUUUUGUUUAUACAAUGUCAUAUACUGCCAUGUUAUAGGUUUUAAAUUUUCUCAUAGAAAAUUAUAUUAUUGACAUCAUUUUUUUUUUU